AUGACCAUGAUCUUGCUGUUCCUGAUACUUUUCUGCGAAUACGCGUUAGCUGCAAAAACAGAAGAAACAAAACAAAGUAAACGGGGAAUUUCUGAUUCUGGUGAAUGGAUUGGAAUACCAAAUUCUCAUGCGUACGGCCAUGGGCAACCAUGGCUACAUGAUCCCGUUUGGAAAGGACAUAAGUUUCCACCUUUUGAUUUAGCUCACAGCGGAUUACACGAGCAUCUACCGUAUGACAAAGUACCGGCUAUUCCUCUGCCGAUUGGAAGUACUGAUUACUUGAAAACGAUUCCAGUAUACAUAACCAAACACGUGGUCCUGGAGAGGCCUGUUCCAGUUCCAGAGCCAGUUUACAUCGAAAAACCAUAUCACGUUCCUGUUCCAGUCGAGAAGGUCAUCCAUAAAACGAUUCCAGUUCCCGUUCCAGUACCCGAGCCAAUUCCAGUGCCAGUAAAGCACCCAGUGCCUAUACCAGUACAACAACCGUACCCAGUUCCGGUGAAACAAGUGUUUCCAGUACCGGUUCCGGUUCCAGUUCCGAUUCCGGUCCAUCCCCAGCUAUUUGCCGGUCCAGCUGUUCCCUACGGCAGAGGUUAUGGCGGCGGUCACUUUUAUCCGCCGUUUCACGGCCCCCCGUUACACCCGCACUUCGUUCAUGUAUUUGGCCACGGUUUUGGCCACGGUUUUAGCAACGAAUACGGUCACGGUCACGGUUACGGUCACCCACCUCCUGCUCCUCCACCACCUCCACCCUACGGUCAUGACUACGGUCAUGAACACGAGCACAAGAAACGGAGUAAAGAUUGA